AUGGCCGGACUCCCUCUCGCCGCGUGCGUCCUCGCCUUCCACCUCUGCCUUCUCCUCUCGCCGUCCUCCGCACUCCGCCGGCUCUCGGAAGCAGAGAGCUCGCUAGUCCGCCAUGGCGUGGGCAUCAGGCCCGCCUACCACUUCCUGCCCGCCAAGAACUGGCAGAACGAUCCGAAUGGGCCAAUGUACCACAAGGGUGUGUACCACUUGUUCUACCAGUACAACCCACUUGGCGCGAUGUGGGGCACCGGCAACCUCUCUUGGGGUCACUCCGUCUCCCACGAUCUCGUCAACUGGGUCGCGCUCCACACCGUGCUCGACCCCACCACCCCCUUCGACGCGAACGGCUGUUGGUCAGGCUCCGCCACCGUUCUCCCGAGCGGCUUCCCAGCCUUACUGUACACCGGCAUCGACACCCAUAAGGUGCAGGUGCAAAACAUCGCCUUCCCCAAGAAUCCUGCUGACCCAUUCCUCCGUGAGUGGGUGAAACCCAACUACAACCCUGUCAUCCCGCACCCGCCUGACGUCCCUGGCGACAGCUUCCGCGAUCCUUCGACGGCGUGGAUAGGCAGCGACAGCAUGUGGCGCAUCGUCGUUGCAGCCAAGGUCGGCGGCCCCAUGGGCAUUGCCUCCACCCUUGUCUACCGGAGCAAGGAAUUCCGGCGUUGGAAGCGGAAUGCCUCACCAUUGUACAUGUCACGAGCCGCCAUCAUGGUCGAGUGCCCGGACCUGUUCCCAGUGGCGGGCCCGGACACGGAGGAGGGGCGGCUCGACUACGCAUCCAUUGCGGCGAACGGUGCUGCGAGGCACGUGUUGAAGCUGAGUGUAAUGAACACGACUCAAGACUACUACGCGGUUGGGAGGUACGACGACACGGCGGACACCUUCACGCCACAGGUGGACGUGGAGCGCGACAUCGACGAUUGUCGAAAUUGGCGUCGCAUCGACUAUGGCCAUGUGUACGCAUCCAAGUCCUUCUUUGACGCGGGGAAGAACCGACGCGUGUUGUGGGCGUGGGCCAACGAUUCCGAUAGCCAGGCCGAUGAUAUUGCUAGGGGUUGGUCCGGCAUCCAGACGGUUCCGAGGAAGGUGUGGCUAGACGGCGAUGGGAAGCAGCUUCGGCAGUGGCCGAUUGAGGAGAUCGAGACGCUGAGGAGGAAACAAGUCAUCGGCUUGCUCGGAGCGCAAGUGAACGCCGGGGGCAUGAACGAGAUUAUUGGUGCAGGUGCACAAGCUGACGUGGAGGCUGUCUUUGAGAUCCCAUCCCUGGAAGAGGCCGAGAGCUUUGAUCCCAACUGGUUGUUGGACCCGCAAAAGUUGUGCGCAGAGAAGGGUGCGUCCGCGCGGGGCGGGGUGGGCCCAUUCGGGCUGCUCGUCAUGGCCUCUAGCGACUUGCAUGAGUACACAUCCGUCUUCUUCAGGGUGUUCAAAUACAAUCAGAAGCCUAAAGUCCUCAUGUGCACCGACCUCACAAGAUCGACUACGAGAGCCAAUGUGUACAAGCCGUCAUACGGUGGCUUUGUGGACAUGGACAUCGAGGAGCACAAGAGGAGUAUAUCUCUUAGAACACUGAUUGACCAUUCGGUGGUAGAGAGUUUUGGAGGCGGGGGGCGCACAUGCAUCACGGCACGUGUUUACCCUAAGCACGUCGAGAAGAGCGAUAGCCACAUGUACGUGUUCAACAACGGGACCGGUGUUGUGAUGGUGUCCAAGCUCGAAGCAUGGAGGCUGGCAACGGCGACCAUAAACGCCGUCCCUGGUGGGUCAUAGCAACAUGUGUAAAUAAUUAUUGUACACUUUUCAGUGUAGGAAUAAUGAAUUUUGAACACUUGGAGAGCUUGUAGUAUCACAGGGAGCUUUAUUAUCCACAACUCUUGCAUAUGA